UUUUUUUUACUUUUUUUAGACAAAAUAUCCCAAGUACGAACAAAUGGAAUUAAAAUGUUAUCAAACGUCCUGAGUACUUUUAUUCAAGUUGAAUGGAGGGAUCAAAAAGAUUUAUGGAGAAGACGUACAGAGCAUAUGUCUGAUGCCAUUCCUGUUACUUCUUCUGAUGCUUCUAUGCUUACCGAUGAAGAACCAAUUAAUCUUCCAUUGACUUUUGAAUUAUUAGCAGAAAUUAGAUCAGGAUUUUGGCGUACACGAAGUUGGAGGCGUAGACAGAGUUUUGCCAAUCUUCUUUACCUUCUACUUCGCCAUUGUUUACUUACCCCUCUUCAAUUUUAUUAUUUAUUCUUUCAUGAUUUUAUGUGCUUGUCUGAUGACGAUGUAGCCAAUGUUCGUCAAUAUUUUUGUCUUAUUGCUCAAUUAAACCGUUUUGAAGAAUAUGUCGGUUCAAGUGUAAUUAAACGACUUGAACAAAUGUUAGUAGAUGAUAAUGAUUUGGAAGUUAGGCAUUUAUCAAAGGUUUUUUUAUUUUUAAUUUUUUUCAGAGGGUUUAGUGGGUUUUUAAGGGAUUUUAGGGUGAGAGGGGGUAGGUUAACGAAGGUGACUUUCUAA